AUGUCCCAAGAAGAUCCUGCUACCAAGCAUUCCCGCAAGCUCCCAAUAUGGGUUUUGGGACCGAGGGAGGAAAAAGCAGCUCGUUCAAAUUUGAAGACAUUUGCGUAUAGUCAGUGUGCCGAAUAUGUUCAAGCGAUGGCUGAAUGUUCGAAACUUCAUGGACUCAAAGUCUUUCCUGCUUGUGAUAAGCAAAGAGACAAAAUGGGAGAAUGCAUUCUCUUCUAUCAAACGGAUCCAAAAUAUCUGGAUGAGGAAAGAGAUAAAAUAGUGCAAGAGAAGCUAGGAAAACUGGAGAAGCAGCUAAAAGACCAGAAACGGCAGCAAGAUGGUCACCGCUAA